AUGGUUCUUCCUUUGUUAAAAGGGGGUGACCCUCAUGAACUGGAUAACUAUCGUCCUAUUUCAAGGCAUGAGCGGAUCAAUACUCGCAAAACCCUGAUCAUUGAGAGCUGUCCUGAUGAUGAUCUGGUGAACCUAGAGGUUUUAGAUGAGGAAACAAUCAUUGCACAUCUUCAGAGGCGAUAUCAGGAUCUACAGAUCUACACAUAUGUUGGUGACAUCCUCAUAGCACUCAACCCUUUCCAGAACCUCAACAUCUACUCUCCACAGUUCUCAAAGCUCUAUCAUGGGAUGAAACGCUCCACUAACCCCCCGCACAUCUUUGCCACUGCUGAUGCAGCCUAUCAGAGCAUGGUCACCCUCUGCAAAGACCAGUGUAUAAUCAUUAGUGGAGAAAGUGGAGCCGGUAAAACUGAGAGUGCCCACCUCAUCGUCCAACAUCUCACAUUUCUGGGCAAGGCUAAUAAUCGAACGCUCCGUGAGAAGAUUCUUCAAGUGAAUCCCCUGGUGGAGGCAUUUGGGAAUGCGUGCACGGCCAUCAACGAUAACUCUAGCCGCUUCGGGAAGUACCUGGAGAUGAAGUUCACACCUACAGGGGCGGUGAUGGGUGCUAAGAUCUCUGAGUAUCUUCUGGAGAAAUCAAGAGUCAUCAAACAGGCCAUGGGCGAGAAAAACUUCCACAUAUUUUACUACAUCUAUGCUGGUCUUUACCAUCAAGACAACCUCAAGAAAUACAGGCUACCCAACAAAACUGCCCCCAGAUACAUUGAUUGUGUUAAUGGUAAGGUAAUGCAGGACAUCAUCUCCAGCAAACUCUACAAGGAGCAAUUUGAUGCCAUUCAGGACUGUUUCCGUAUCAUAGGAUUUACUGAAGAGGAAGUGAAUUCUGUGUAUAGAAUUCUAUCAGCCAUUUUAAACACAGGAAAUAUUGAGUUCACAUCCACCAGCUCUCAACAUCAGAGCGACAAGAGUGAGGUGCCUGACUCUAAGGCCUUAGACAAUGCGGCUGCUCUGCUCAGUAUCGGCUCUGAGGAGCUUCAGGAAGCUCUGACCUCCCACUGUGUGGUAACUCGAGGAGAAACCAUCAUUCGCACCAAUACCGUGGACAAGGCCACUGAUGUGAGAGACGCCAUGUCUAAAGCCCUGUACGGACGCCUCUUCAGCUGGAUAGUGAACCGCAUCAAUGCACUGCUGCAGCCGGACACGAACAUCUGUGCGGCUGAGAGUGGAAUGAACGUGGGGAUUUUGGACAUCUUUGGUUUCGAAAACUUCAAGAAGAACUCAUUUGAGCAGCUGUGUAUCAACAUCGCUAAUGAACAGAUCCAGUUCUACUUCAAUCAACACAUCUUUGCCCUGGAACAGAUCGAGUAUCAGAGCGAGGGUGUAGAUGCCAGUCUGGUGCAAUAUGAGGACAACAGGCCCAUUCUGGACAUGUUUCUUCAGAAGCCCAUGGGUUUGCUGUCUCUGCUGGAUGAGGAGAGCCGGUUCCCACAGGCCACCGACCAAACACUUGUCGAUAAGUUUCAGGAUAACCUGAGAAACAAGUACUUCUGGACGCCCAAGCGUGUGGAGCUUUGCUUCGGGAUCCAGCAUUAUGCUGGCAAGGUGUUGUAUAAUGUCAGUGGUUUUCUGGAGAAGAACCGGGACACUCUUCCUGCAGACAUUAUGGUGGUUUUGAGGACGUCAGAGAACAAACUUCUUCAGCAGCUGUUUUCCAGCCCUCUGACUAAAACAGGUAACCUGGCCACAUCCAGGGCAAGAGUGACAGCAGCAUCCAGAUCUCUGCCUCCACAGCUCAACAGUGGGAGAAAUAAGGUGGACACCAUGGAGAUGAUGCGUCACCCAGAGGAAACCACUAACAUGAGGAGACAGACAGUGGCGUCUUAUUUCAGGUACUCUCUCAUGGACCUGCUUUCUAAGAUGGUGGUGGGAACGCCUCAUUUCGUCCGCUGUAUCAAACCCAAUGAUGACCGGCAGGCUCUGCGCUUCAAUAAGGAGCGCGUGAUGGUUCAGCUGCGUUACACCGGCAUCCUAGAGACUGUCAGCAUCCGCCGGCAGGGCUAUUCUCACCGGAUACUCAUCGAGGAGUUUGUUAACAGGUAUUAUUAUCUGGCCUUUCGUGCCCAUCAGAUGCCAGAGGGCAGCAGAGAGAACGCCAUCACUAUACUGCAGAAAGCCAAACUAGACAACUGGGUUCUGGGCAAGACCAAGGUGUUUCUGAAGUACUAUCACGUGGAGCAGCUCAAUCUGAUGUUGCGGGAGGUGAUUGCGCGGGUGGUGUUGAUGCAGGCCUACACCAAGGGCUGGCUGGGAGCUCGGCGGUACCGGAGAGAGAGAGAGAAACGCAACAACGGGGCGAUUAUUAUUCAGUCAGCCUGGAGGGGUUAUGUGGCCCGUCAGAAUCUGAAGCAGAUAAAGAGAGAGCGUGCGCAGGCUGCUGUACGGAUCCAGUCAGCAUACAGAGGCUACAGAGUCAGGAAAGACUACAAACAGACUGGGACUGGACAACCCACACCUGAAAGAAGAUUUUCCACCAAUUACCUCCCAGUUGAAGAGGUUGUCUCUGUCAGCAGAGAGGACAGCUCCGGUGACGUGUCUGUGCUGAAGACAGACAAACGGAGUUACAGCAGAAAGAGAGACGGGCUGCAGGAGCAGGGUCCAAUGGUGAAGCUGCAUCACCGUUCCCCUCGGCGAAGAGGACAGCAGCCCAAGCUCCUAAACAGCCCGGAAGACAGUCUUUAUUACAACCAUCUCAAUAGAAGUCUGGAUUAUCAGGGGAGCAAGAGGAAACCCAGAAAACUGGGGCAGAUCAAGCUUCUGGAUGGAGAGGAUGAAUAUUAUCAAUUACUGUCUGUCCCUGAGGAUGAGGUUUUAUCUGACCCCUCCCCAAACCCUAAGAAUGCCACGCCCACUGGCCCUCCUGCUAUCUCAUCCAGAUGA